ACUUGGCGCAUGAUGGCCAUGACUCUCAACAAAACGAAAAAGGAAGAGGACGAGAGCAAGGAGCCAGAGCAAAAGGAGUCCACAGACCCAAUACCCAUACGGCCGAGCGUCUCUACCACACCGCCACCCCCCGAUGAUACCGUAGGCAUGCUCUCAUCUUCUGCUCCUCCGUACAUGAUGGAUUUCCUGCGGGAAGAGCCGAACAACAACGUACUGGUUACAGGCAGUGCCAAGGCUGACAGUCUUUGCACGCCUGCAAAACGACGGGCUACAGGUCAUCAUCAUCUGUCACCACAGCUACCAUCCACCAGCAGCAUCACUAUUCCAUCCUACAACUAUGCACACGAAGACGAACCGCUUGGUCGUAUGGCUCUAGAUCACCGUCCACAACCUCCAUUAGCAACCUCGCCCAUCUACGAGAACAACCACUUUCCCGCUUCGCCGACAGAAUACUCAUCGUUCACACUGCAGCACCAUCCUGGCAUGUACUCACCACCAGGUUCGGCCCCUACCACACCUAUGUCGGCUGACACUCAGGAUCAGCUGCAGCAAAAUCCAGGCAGUCUCAGUUUCGAAGAGCUACUUACUCUAUUCUACAACAGCAGCAUACACAGCCCACCAUCACAGCAGCAGCAGCACCCUGUAUCAUAUCAACAUCCAUUGUCGCAAUCACCUCCAACUUCUUCCUCUAGUGUAAUCUCAUCAGCAUCAUCUACGAUGCCACCACCAUCGCCUGCUCCAGCACAGCAACGGUAUAUGGAAGCAACACCACCCAAAGAAGCGCCGUUACCUCCAUCCACCUCAACACCUCUUCGCAAAUCCGAAAGCAAAACAAAAUGUACAAACUGUGGCACUACAACAACUCCAUUAUGGCGCCGCAACCCUGAGGGCCAGCCAUUAUGUAACGCGUGUGGCCUGUUCUUGAAGCUACAUGGUGUUGUACGACCCCUUUCACUGAAAACAGAUAUCAUCAAGAAGCGCAACCGUACUAGUACCAGUGCGGUCAAUGGCGGGAGCGCUCAUCAUAAAAAGACAUCUGUAUCAACAGGAACAGUACCAGCAACAACAACUCCAACACCGACAAUGGCAGAACAUCGACGUAGCACCGGUACGCUUCACAUUGCUCCCAUUAAACGCCAACGGCGCGAUCCAUCACCUUCCUUACCAUCACCUCUCCUUCCUCUUCAACAACAACAACAACAACAACAUCAAGUACAACAACAGCCUGGUGCUACUCUCAAUGCAAAUAACGUGAUUUCUGUAUUAGAAGCUAUUGGACUUCAAUUAAACAGCUUGCCAGCCGAGGUUUUGCCUUUAAUUGCAUCUGCUGCAAAUUAUCAUGCCGCUAACAAGCAGCGCCAGCAACAGCCCCAGCAGCAACUCCAGCAUCAGCAACAUCAUCCUUCGUCACAACAACAACAACAACAACAACAACAAAACUAUGAAUUCCUGCAGCAGCAACAGCAUCAUCUUCAUCAUCACCAUGGCAUAUUAUAUGACAACAGACCCUCACCCCCUUAAGAUUUGAUAAA